AUGGACAACGCGAGAACUUACCAAGUACCUAGCUUGUUGAAAACCGCGUACUACGCUUGCAACCAGAUCGACCGUGACAGGUUCGACUCGCUGGAUGUACCGGACGUCGAUUUGCGAUCGUGUUGCGAGUCGCUGUUCGAAAUAUUAAAAAUCCCAAAAUCCCAAAAUGAGGACAGCGAUAGGCGCACCAUGAUCUUAAGGUCCCAUUUUUCAUUCACUGACAAGAUAUAUAAAACAUGCGAGGAGGCAGAGUCGCACGGGCACAUAAAUUGCCUGAAACUCGCUCGCGAAAUCGGCCUCCCUUGGGACGAAUGGUCCAGAGUUCCCUCCGAUAAGCCAUGUGACCGGACUGCGAGAUUGGGGUAUCUGGAGUGUCUAAAGUACGCUAGGGAAAAUGGAUGUUUUUGGGACGAGGAGACGUGCAGGUACGCUGCGGAAAACGGCCACAUGGACUGCCUAGUUUACGCCCGGGAAAACGGAUGCCCUUGGGACGAGAAGACGUGCAGCAGCGCCGCUGAGAACGGUCACAUGGACUGCCUAGUUUACGCCCGGGAAAACGGAUGCCCUUGGGACGAGCGGACUUGCAGCAACGCCGCUGAGAACGGUCACUUGGACUGCCUAGUUUAUGCCCGGAAAAACGGAUGCCCUUGGGACGAGCAGACGUGCAGCAGCGCCGCGGAGAACGGUCACAUGGACUGCUUAGUUUACGCCCGGGAAAAUGGAUGUCCCUGGGACGAGUUGACAUGUUACAAAGCCGCGUCAGGUGGACAUUUCGACUGUUCGCAGGCUAAUUGGCGUAAGCACCAUUCACCAAAUUGUUCAGGAGCGCCCAAAAACCAUUUAAGGGAGAUUGCGUUGUUCUACAUUUAUGAACAAUCAUUUUUUUGUUGUAACUAUACCAAAAAUUUAUUCUUGUAUAAUAACAAUACUUAA